GCGGUCCAGGGAAGGAAGGCAGCUGUCAUCAAGGCCAGCCCUCUCUCCCGCAGCCCCUCUGACUCCACCCCCGCAGGCUCAAGGGAAGACACACUCAGCCACCUCCCAGAUCGUCCUAGACCAAGUUAGCCCACCAAAAGGGGUCUCUCCCACCCCACCCCACCCUUUCCCUACGCACCCCAAGCUUCCCACGGGACGAAGGAGUGGCAGCGUCACGCGGGACGCCCCUAUGGCCAGUUCCACGUCCCAAGCGGACGAGAUUCUGGUCACACGGCAAAUUUGCAGCCUGGGCCUUCUACCACCGCCGAAGAGUCAGUGCGGCGUGCCCUUGGCGGAGGACGUGGCCGAGCUGUCCGUGCAGGAUGCCUCCGGCAAAGGGAUCCCGUUUGGAGAGCUCUUCCGGGAGCGCCGGGCUAUCGUCGUGUUCGUGAGGCAUUUCUUGUGUUACACGUGUAAAGAAUAUGUGGAAGAUCUGGCCAAAAUCCCCAAGAGUUUCUUACAAGAUGCUAAUGUCACACUAAUCGUUAUUGGACAGUCAUCUUUCCAACACAUUGAGCCUUUCUGCAAGUUGACAAGGUAUUCUCAUGAAAUCUAUGUCGACACUGAGAGAAAAAUUUAUAGGAAACUUGGAAUGAACAAAGGUGAAGGAAUUGCUUCAUCGGAGCAGAGUCCGCAUGUGAAAUCCAACCUACUCUCAGGAAGCAUUCAAAGUCUGUGGAGAGCCGUGACUGGCCCUGCCUUUGAUUUUCAAGGAGAUCCAGCUCAACAAGGUGGAACACUCAUUUUGGGUCCUGGACCUAAGUGGCCUGCACUAUUUAUAAUGAUCUCCAUUGACAGAGCUGGUAACAACAUCCAUUUUAUACAUCUUGAUAAGAAUAGACUAGAUCACAAGCCUAUAAAUUCCAUUUUGCAGCUUGCAGGAGUUCAAACAGUGAACUUUACAAAUAAAUCUUUCAUAAUUCACAUAUGAUUUAGAGACACAUGCUUCUCUUUUCAAGACUUUGUCCUGAGAGGGGGAAAGUCUUCAAAAUACAAUUAUGAAAUGAUUAAGAAAUAGCCUAUCUGAUAUUGCUUUUCUAAACUUAUUCUAAAUGUCACUACGAAAUAGCAAAAGUAUUUAUAAAGAAUUCUUUUUGUAGCAGGUCAUAGCUUACAUACUUCCAUUCAGUUCACUUAAUGCACAGAAAAAUCUGUCCAGUGUCACAGAUGGCAGACCACCUGUUUAGUCAUCUGGUAGCCCCUUCUGGUUGAAUAUCAGGGGGACUGGAUAAGAAAAUGUUGAUUGUUCAAUUCAACCCACAUUCAUGGAUAAAUAGUCACAACAAACACAUGUUCAACUGACAGUUUUGCUAUGAAUUACUUCAUUUUUAUUUUCUUUUUUGCACAUGUGAUAGCAUAGAGAUGAAAUGUUUGAAAGUUAAGUGAUAUAUUUAAAAUAUAGGCAAAUGUAUUUUUUACAAAGCAAUGUUUUCAUAUUUUCAAAAAACUGGGAAUAUUUCUUAUAGUAAAUAAUAUAUAAUAAAGAUAACUAAUAAGAACAAUUACAAAAAGAUUAUCCUUAAAGAGCCCAGACAUUGAUCAGUAGGGAAUAUGCAAAGAAAUCACGGGAAAUCCAUAAUUUAUCACUGAAGGAUGCAAAAACUUAGCAUCUACUAGAUGAGACACAAUCAAUUGCAUAGGUAUACAUCGGAAACUCACCAUCCUUUAUAAACUAACAGACAAUAAAUCCCCAACAAAUAUAGAUCCCCAAAUAUCUUUGAAGAUUCAGUAGAUAAACAAUACUGAAGUAACAUCAUUAAAGGUAGAACCAUUUCCCCCCCAAACCAGACAUAACAUUGAUCCAUAAAAAUUUAAUAGUAAUUUUUUAAAACUCUUGCUUUCUAUCUUAGAAUUAAUAUUGUGUAUUGAUUCCAAGGUAGGGUCAAAUAGUUAAGAGUCUGAGGCAAGACUUGAACUCAGGUUCUCCCUUCUCUAGGCCUGGCUCUCAAUUAAAUGGACCACUUUGCUGCCCCCAAUAAUGUUUAAAAUCUAUGCUCCCCUACCACUCAUAAUCUCCCAAUUAAAAGCUUUCCAAAUAUAGAGGUAAUUAAAACCAUAUGAGAAUAACAUAAAGUAUGUGUCAUCUCUGCCCUCUUGCCUACUACUCUUGGCAUUGUCCUAAAGGUGCUUUCAGUGAAACAACAGAGGUGCCAAUAUCCCAAUGAUUUAAUGCAUUUUAUUAAAAGCAUAAUUUUAUUUACUUGUACAGUAAUCCAUAAACCAUUAAAUAAUGUCUAGCUCAGCAGCUAGCCAGGCACCACAAAAUAGAGGUCACUGGGGCUAGGGACUUCUGUCUUUUUUUUUUUUGGUUAAUUCAGCCAUGUCCAACUCAUUGUGUCCCCAUUUGAUGUUUUCUUGGCAAAAAUACUGGAGUGAUUUGCCACUUCCUUCUCUAGCUCAUCUUACAGAUCGAUAAAACAGGCAAACAAGAUUAAAUGAUUUGCCUAGUGUAAUAUAGCUAUUAAAUCUAGACUUGAACUUGGGUCUUCUUGACUCCGGGUCCAGUACUUUUAUCUAGCCACCUGACUCCCCACCAUUGUCCUUUGCCUACCCUCAUAGUUUUCCUUGCCCUCAUUGCACUGAAGCUGCCUGACUCCCUAAAGGAGGAAUAAACUUUUAGUGUUUCAAUUCCACUCCCAUCUCAGUUUCCUGAGGAACGGUUACAUAUUUGGCUCUAAUCUAAGGGGUCAUUCUAGCAGGGGAGAAGAGGAAGGCAAAAAAGAUAUCCAGUGAAACAAGUAUGAGGCUGAACAAAUUGUGGUAUCUGUUGGUGAUGGAAUACUAUUGUGCAAAAAGGAAUAAUAAAGUGGAGGAAUUCCAUGGGGACUGGAACAACCUCCAGGAAGUGAUGCAGAGCGAGAGGAGCAGAACCAGGAAAACAUUGUACACAGAGACGGAUACACUGUGGUAUAAUCGAACAUAAUGGACUUCUCCAUUAGUGGCACUGCAGUGAUCAUGAACAACUUGGAGGGAUCUACGGGAAAGAACACUAUCCACGUUCAGAGGAAAAACUGUGGGAGUAGAAACCCAGAAGAAAAACAACUGCUUGAUUACAUGGGUUAAGGGGGAUGUGGCUGGGGAUUUUGACUCUAAAUGAACAUCUUAGUGCAAACACCAACAACACAGAAAUAGCUUCUGAUCAAGGACACAAGUAAAAUCCAGUGGAAUUACACAUCAGCUACUGGGGGGGGGGGGAAUAUGAUUCUUGUAACCAAGGAAUAAUCUUCUAAAUUAGCAAAAUAAAAUUAAAAAAUAUUUGGGGAUAUUUGGGGAUCUAUAUUUGUUGGGGAUUUAUUGUCUGUUAGUUUAUAAAGGAUGGUGAGUUUCUGAUAUAUACCUAUGCAAUUAAAAUUAAAAAAAGAAACAUGUAUGAGACAGGCAGUUAUUUCCACACAGAAAUGAGAAUAUUAAGCAGUAAAGAAAUAGAGAAUGAACACAAUACAUUCAGAAGGUAGUUUUUAAACCUUGGUACAUUUCCCACUGGGCUACUCAUAUGGUAUUUUACAUUUCACCUCCCAUGAAUACAGACCAAUAAUGCAAUCAGGCUUUUUGUUUCCCAUUGGUUUCUUUUGGGGGCAAGUUUCCCUGGAGCUAGUCUAUCUCUACAGCUGUUUCCAAUACAACUGCUGGGCUGUUCUGGUGCCAGGGAAAGGAGAAGACACCAGCUGCCUUGGGAGUUCAUAAAGCCUUCUACCAAAGGAAAGAAGAAACAAGGGGCAGCUUUAUCCCAUAUAGAGUUUAGCAGAGGAAAGAACAUCUCUCAGGCGACUGGGAAAAAGCAGAGAAUUAGUAAAUAGUCAAAAUCACUCUUUAAACAUGGGAAAAGGGGUUAAAUGCAAUAGUAGGUCUCGACACAGAGCUGCGCACCACACCCAACUGCACAGAGUCCGAGGAUUGAGCUCUGGCUGCUCUGGACACUUGACCCCUGGGAGCAUCACCCUGCUAGAUGACCACUCCAAGGAACAAAAGAAUUUGGGGAACCUCUAUAGUGUUUGGAGGAAAACCAGGAGCAGGGAAAGAUGAUUGACAUCACUAUAGCUACAAAGGAAAUGGGAGUUUUCAAACUACACUUGACAGGAUACAAUCAAGCUUGGGAAAGGAAUCAUAACUAGAGGUGAGGGUCUAAGGGAAGGGGCUGCUUACCAUGAAUACUAAAUGGGUGGUCCCUGCCCAGGUGCUGGUCUUCUUGGGAAAAGGUCUCUGAUACUAUAGGGGAGACUACCUAAAACAAAGAGGGUCCAUAGCAUAUGCUUAGUCCCACCCAAAUAGGAGUCAUUCAUCUGAAGGUCCACUAUUCAGUCUGAAACUGCUAGUCUGGGAUUCUCUUCAGGGUGGAUUCCCAGGAGAACAGGGAACAAAGACAAACUUUGGGGUCUCCAACUUACAAGCUAGUCCUGAAACUUGGGGUUCAUCAGAUCCCACUAGGCCACAAGUUUAGGGUUCCUAGAUUCCAUGUUGAAAAAGGUUAGCAGAAAGAAGAGAUUUUCCCGUUAGUAUAUCUGGACUUCUUGCUAAGUAGUCAUUUAAGAGUCAUAAUGUUUGACAGGAAAUAGAGGGUAUCCGGACAUGGAGGUGGGACAAUUGGGCACCUCCAUCACACAUCCCCAAAGAGAAGUGAAAAGAAUAAUAAAUAUAUAAAUAAUAAUAAAUUAUGUAAUUAUACAUGUGUAUAUAAGUAUAUGUCAUAACUAUAUUAUGUAUAAUGAUAUAACAUAUCAAAUAUAUAAUAUAUAUGAUUUUGUUAUUUGGUCGUGUCCUUCUGUGACUCCAUGGACUUGUCAACGUGGAAUCUAGAGGUCCCCAAAUUUGUAGCUUGGAGGGAUUUGGUGAUCCCCAGUUUAUUUCGUUUGGAGGCAGAAAGCCCAGGUUUUGACCUUGUCACAUGAGACUUCCUCCCUGAGGGAAAGUCCUACUUCACUGAUCUCAGACUAACGAUAGUAGUAGUCUCUUGGUAACCGAGGAUGAUGAUUGUCUUUGUGCAUUUUCAUCUAUGGUGUAUAGAUGAGUGUGCACAAAGACACUUGUGCGUGAAGGAGAUUUAAGUGGAAAAGUUGUUGCACAGAGACAGUCCCACUCUCUCGGCAUUGGAAGUCUGGGUCCAGUGGCAUGAAAAGUCGUUACACCUGGAGACUUCCUCAGCUGCAUUGGAUGGCCGUGUUGUCUUUUGUGCUCCAACAUGCCCUGAGCACUCCACAGUGCCUUGCUGCGUCGCCAUCUCAGCCGUUGAACCUUCUUGUUGGUUUCUUCCGCCUGUUCCACCGAAGCAGUCUUCACAUGCUGGGUGAGCAAAGUCAGGCUAAGAAUAGACCUGGAGUUAUAGCACAGUAGGUAGCAAGUUGGUCUCCUAAACAGAAGGUCCAGAGUUUGAUCCUCCAAAGGGGGAUGUGGUACAAUGGGAGAGCCUUGGAAGGCAAAAAGAGGCAUCUGAUGGGAUUAGCCAUCCCUAUUCAAAACUAACUCCAGGUCUAUUAUGAAGUAGGACUUUCCCUCAGAGAGGAACUCUCAUGUGACAAGGUCGAAACCUGGGGUUUCUGCCUCCAAAUGAAAUAAACUGGGGAUCACCAAAUCCCUCCAAGCUACAAGUCUGGGGACCUCUAGAUUCCACAUUGAUAGACCAUAUGGCUGUUUGUUUUUGUUUUUGCAAAGACACAAGUGCUUUACCAUUUCCUUCUCCAGCAGACUAAGAGGGUGUAUGAGGCAUUCUGCAGCACUAGCACCUCCAGUGAGGGUUUGCUGAACCUUUUUCUAGGCUGCUUUUCCACCAUUCAAGUCUACCUGCCCCCCAGCUCUCACCUGUGGCUCCAAAAUUCUAGAGUCUGUGCAGCAAUCACAUCUGGGUAAAACUAUGUCAACAGACAGCCGAAAACAGGUUAAGGGUAACUGACACACCUCAGUUAGGGGAUGUCUACCCCAAGCACAAGACGUCCACCCUGGGACAGACAAGGACUAUUUUUUCUGUCAGUUAUCUGUCAGAUAAACCUUACCUCCUUAUACUUGAUUGGAUUUCAGUGAUAAUGAUAGGUUUAAGAUAAUCAAUAUUGUGAUUCUAAAGUGAUUAGUAUAAAUUCCAUUCUAGUCUUAAUACAAUUAGUAGAAUUCAUUAUUUUUAUAAGGAUUUCUAACUAAAGCAUAAAAACUGCUUCUAAGGGGAUUUCCAACCCCUCCCUAAGUUUGUACUUCCCUUUAUCAUAAGAUGCUGACCAUCUGAGACUCAGAUCCCAAUUGGUGACAUCAUGCACCCUUCCCUGUUUGGAAAUAGUCAUUCCCCCACCGCCCAGACCAGAUCAGUCUGAAGUAAUGGUCAUCACUAUCUGCUUAAUAAGGGUACUGCCUUGUGAUUUGGGCCUUUAGACUAAUAUGGGCUUUCCUAAAUGAACUAACCAAUCAGCUUUGAAAUUGGGUAACUGUUUCUAAAUAAGGUCUGUAUGAUGUUAUGUCUUGUGAUAUGCCAUAGACCUUGUAUGGAAAUAUUCAUUUUGUUACUGUCCCAGGAUAUAAACCAGGUCUCUGCCACCAGGCAUUGUCUCUUGAUGGGGUCCAACAAUGUAACACAUGCAAGAGAACGCUUUUAGUGGAGGACUUGGCCCUCUUCCAAUAAAAUCUAUCUUUCUACCUUAA